AUGGCUCUUGAACUUGAAGAGAAGAAAAGACGAGAAGACGAACUGGCCUUUGCAAGGAGAAAAUGGGAAGAGCAAGCGCGCCUGGAAUCCUUACGCGUCGAACAAGAGGCCGCUGCAGCGGUGGCCCAACUGGGGGAAUCUAGUCCUCGUGGUCAAGAACCUAGCGCACUACGAUUCACCUCCCCUGGUUUCACAGCUAACUUGAUUAAGGAAGAAAAGCCGCAACGCCAAGAACUUAACACACCACGCUUUACCGUCCCUGGUUUCCUGGCUAAGUCUGUCAAGAAGGAAAAGCAAGAUCCUCUAGAGGAGCUGAACCCAGGAGCAUUGCCCUCAACCCCUAGCCAAACUGUCCAAUUCUCCAAUCCAGCUGACCGCAUGGAAUGUUUUAUUCAGUUUAUGGCUCGAAGGGAGCUGAUUGCCAACAAAAUCGAAAAAUUUGACGAUCGCCCGGAAAACCUCAAUACUUGGAAGGCAGCUUUCAAGAAUAUGACAAAUGAUGUAAACAUCACUGCAAGUGAGGAGUUAGCCCUAAUGUUGGAGUACACCACUGGUGAGUCCAAAAGACUUGUGCAAUGGCUACGCAAUGCUUACGUAGAGAAUCCGACUGCGGGGGUAGGAGAAUCCUGGAAAAAGCUGGGCGAACGUUUUGGCUCGACCGCAGUUAUUACCAAUGUGCAUCUGAACAAACUCACAAUGUUCCCUGUGUUGGCAUCCAAGGACAACAAAGGUCUGCAAGAAUUGGGGGACUUACUGUUAGAGUUGCGGUGUGCAAAAGAAGAAGGUGGUCUUGCAGGCCUCAAAAUCCUUGAUGAACCUGCCUUCCUGAAACCAGUGCUCGUGAAGCUACCGGAAGAACUCCAAGGAAGGUGGCAAAGGCACGCAUACCGUUUCAAAUCACAGUAUGGUGUUGACUACCCCCCUUUUAGGGAGUUUGCCUCUUUCAUUCAAGAGAUUGCACAAGAACGGAAUGAUCCAUUCUUAUCCAUGGAGAGUCACUUGGAGAAAUUUCCUGUCAAGCCUCUUGUCAAACCUCCAAUCGAACCUACUGAUGACCCACCUUUCGGACAAGGCUUCACAGCAUUUAGGACUGACCUCACAGACCCUGCACUCAAGAGCUCAACUAACUGGGACCCUGCAAGAUGGUGCGUCAUUCACAAAUUAUCGCAUCCGCUUAGCAAAUGCCGUGCCUUCAGGGCCAUGCCCCUCACUGAAAGGCAGAAUUUGCUUAGCCAACACCGAAUCUGCUUUCAUUGCCUUGCCACAACUAAUCACCUAGCAAAGGAUUGUGCGACCCAAGUCAAAUGCUCUGAGUGUCACAGUGAUAAACAUGUUACAGCAUUACACGCGGGACCCCUCAGCAAACCAGCAGCAGAAGAAGUAGAGCUGAAAGAUGCCCACCAGUACAACGGGGAGCCUGCAGUGACAUCUAGCUGCACAAAGGUGUGUGGAAACACAAUGGGAGGCAAGUCUUGUGCAAACAUAUGUCUUGUGAGCAUCUACGCAAACAGUCAACCUGAGAACAAAAUUAAGGCAUAUGUGGUCAUCGAUGAUCAAAGCAACUAUUCGCUCGCCAAGCCAAAACUGUUUGAUCUGCUGAACCUGGGUGGGAAGGCAACACCUUACAUGCUGAAAACGUGCUCAGGGACAAGUCAGGCCAUGGGAAGACGCGCCCACAACCUUGUUAUCGAAUCCUUUGAUGGCAUGCAGAGUCACACGCUACCCAUCCUCACUGAAUGCAAUGCUAUUCCAGACAAUAGAGAAGAAAUUCUAACUCCCGCAGCGGCCAGAGCCCACCCCCAUCUGGAAGCUAUCACUGAGAAGAUCCCUGAGCUAGACCCAGAAGCUGAAAUUCUCCUGCUUGUCGGAAGAGACGCACCGCCCCUCCACAAAAUUCAUGAAUUGCAAAACGGACCCAGGAAUGCACCAUGGGCUCAACGCCUCGACCUGGGAUGGGUGGUGUUAGGAAACGCCUGUAUGGAUGGCGCUCAUAAGCCCACUGAGAUCUCAUCUUACAGGACACAAGUUCUUGAUAAUGGUCGACCCUCCUUUCUGCUACCCUGCAGCAACCGGCUUUAUGUCAAACAUGGUUCACAUGCAGACUUCACAACUUAUUUGGAAACUAGUCAAAAGAAAGGAACUUUCUUCAAAGGGAGCUUUGAAUAUGGACUGGGAGACAAUGUCUUUGCAUGCACUAAUGAUGACAACAGACCAGGAAUGUCAGUGGAGGAUCGGAAGUUCAUUCAAAACAUGAACAGAUCAUUAGCCAGGAACGAAUCUGGUAGCUGGGAGGCGCUCUUACCUGUCCGUGAGAAAUUUAACAAGCUUCCCAACAAUCGAGAAGAUGCAGUCAAGCGCCUGAGGUCAACUAGACGAACGCUUGACAAAAAACCGUUGAUGAAGCAGCACUACUUCGACUUCAUGCAGAAAUUGCUCGAAAAAGGUCACGCAGAACCUGCACCAAAAGCAGAAUUAAGCUCUUCUAGCCCACGCUGGUAUCUUCCUCACUUUGGAGUGUACCACCCCCAAAAACCAGAUAAAAUUCGUGUGGUUUUUGAUUCUGCAGCAGAAACCAAAGGAACAUCCCUGAACAAGGCCUUGCUCUCAGGACCAGACCUCACAAACAACCUACUAGGCAUCCUGUUACGCUUCCGUCAGGACACUGUGGCCUUUGUGGCGGACAUUGAGCAAAUGUUCCACUCCUUCCUAGUUCAAGAACAACACAGGGACCUGCUGCGAUUUUUCUGGUACAAGAAUAACGAUCCAAAUGAAGAGCUAACUGAGUACCGUAUGAAGGUUCAUGUCUUUGGAAACACCUCCUCACGAGCAGUAGCCACCUUCUGCCUUAGAAAAACAGCUGAAGUUGGAGAGCAAGAAUUUGGUUCAGAUGCAAAAGACUUUGUGUACAACAAUUUCUAUGUCGAUGACGGGCUGAAGUCUGUGGCCAAACCCGCUGAGGCCAUUGACCUGUUAACUUGCACAAGAGCCAUGUUAGCCAGAGCAAAUCUCUGUCUACAUAAGAUAGCAUCCAGUCAUCCAGAAGUGACUCAUGCCUUUCCAAGAGAAGAUCAAGCCUCUGACCUCCGCGACCUAGAUUUCUCACUGGAUACUGUGCCAAUUCAGCGUGCAUUAGGGGUGCUAUGGGACAUAUCAGCAGACGCAUUCACCUUCAAAGUUUCUCUGGAGAAGAGGCCAUUUACAAGACGAGAUGUGCUCUCCGUCUUCAAUAGUCUGUAUGAUCCACUGGGACUUGCAGCUCCAGUUAUUGUUAGAGGGAAGCUCCUCCUUCGAUCCAUGAUGGCCAAUCUCAGCAACCUUCAUCCAGAAAGCUGGGAUGAACCGUUGCCGGAAGAGCAAAGGCUGGCCUGGGAAGCAUGGUGCAAGGCUUUGCAAGCUCUAACGCUUCUGAGGGUCCCUUGUUGUUACACAGUAGCUUCAUCUACAGGAGUCAAAAAACAGGAACUGCAUACCUUCUGCGAUGCGUCCAAUAACGCCAUUGGAGCAGUCUCGUACCUCAGAACUGUCCAACACAAUGGAAGCAUCCAAGUGUCUUUCGUCUUUGGCAAGGCGAAGCUGGCCCCAUCUCAUGCCACAACCAUCCCUCGUCUCGAGCUGUGUGCGGCCGCACUUGGCAUCGAAAUCACGGAGCUCAUCAACUGA